AAGCUGUGAUCAAUAGCCAGGAAUGGACUUUGAGCCGCUCCAUUCCUGAACUGCGCCUGGGUGUGCUAGGUGAUGCCCGGAGUGGGAAGUCAUCGCUUAUCCACCGAUUCCUGACUGGUUCAUACCAGGUCCUGGAGAAGACAGAGAGUGAGCAGCAUAAGAAAGAAAUGUUGGUGGAUGGACAGACUCAUCUGGUGUUGAUCCGAGAGGAAGCUGGGGCACCCGAUGCCAAGUUCUCAGGCUGGGCAGAUGCUGUGAUUUUCGUCUUCAGCCUGGAGGAUGAGAACAGUUUCCAGGCCGUAAGCCGUCUUCAUGGGCAGCUGAGCUCCCUUCGGGGUGAGGGACGAGGAGGUCUUGCCCUGGCACUGGUGGGGACACAAGACAGGAUCAGCGCUUCCUCCCCCCGAGUGGUGGGCGAUGCUCGCGCCAGGGCUCUGUGUGCUGAUAUGAAGCGCUGCAGCUACUAUGAGACUUGUGCAACCUAUGGGCUCAAUGUGGAUCGGGUGUUCCAGGAGGUGGCCCAGAAAGUGGUGACCCUGCGAAAGCAGCAGCAGCUUCUGGCUGCCUGCAAGUCCCUCCCCAGCUCCCCAAGCCACUCAGCAGCUUCCACUCCUGUAGCUGGGCAGGCUGGUAACGGGGGCCACACUAGCGACUACUCUUCCUCUCUCCCAUCCUCACCCAAUGUCGGUCACCGGGAGCUCCGGGCUGAGGCAGCUGCAGUGGCCGGAUUGAGCACACCAGGGUCCCUGCACCGGGCAGCCAAGCGUAGGACCAGCCUUUUUGCGAAUCGUCGGGGCAGUGACUCUGAGAAACGGAGCUUGGACAGUCGGGGAGAGACAACAGGAAGUGGGCGAGCCAUCCCCAUCAAACAGAGCUUCCUACUAAAGCGAAGUGGCAACUCCUUGAACAAAGAAUGGAAGAAAAAAUAUGUGACCUUGUCCAGUAAUGGCUUCCUACUCUACCACCCCAGCAUUAAUGAUUACAUCCACAGUACCCAUGGCAAGGAGAUGGACUUACUACGAACAACAGUCAAAGUCCCUGGCAAGAGGCCCCCACGGGCCAUCUCUGCUUUUGGCCCCUCAGCCAGCAUCAACGGGCUGGUCAAGGACAUGAGCACUGUCCAGAUGGGGGAAGGUCCUGAAGCCACCACUCCUACCCCAAGCCCGAGCCCCAGCCCUAGCUCCCUGCAGCCACCACCAGACCAGACAUCCAAGCACCUGCUGAAGCCAGACCGGAGCCUGGCACGAGCCCUCAGCACCGACUGUACCCCAUCUGGAGACCUGAGCCCCCUGAGUCGGGAACCCCCUCCUUCUCCCAUGGUGAAGAAGCAGAGGAGGAAAAAGUUGACGACACCAUCUAAAACUGAAGGCUCAGCUGGGCAGGCUGAAGCCAAGCGCAAAAUGUGGAAACUAAAAUCCUUUGGUAGUUUAAGAAAUAUUUAUAAAGCAGAAGAAAACUUCGAGUUCCUGAUCGUGUCCAGCACUGGUCAGACAUGGCACUUUGAGGCAGCCAGUUUUGAGGAGCGGGACGCCUGGGUUCAGGCCAUCGAAAGUCAGAUCCUAGCCAGUCUCCAGUGCUGUGAGAGCAGCAAGGUCAAGCUGCGCACAGACAGCCAAAGCGAAGCCGUGGCCAUCCAGGCGAUCCGGAAUGCCAAGGGGAACUCAAUCUGCGUGGACUGCGGGGCCCCCAACCCCACGUGGGCCAGCUUGAACCUGGGCGCACUCAUCUGCAUCGAGUGUUCUGGCAUUCACCGGAACCUGGGCACACACCUGUCCCGCGUUCGCUCGCUCGACUUGGACGACUGGCCGCGGGAGCUGACCCUGGUGCUGACAGCCAUUGGCAACGACAUGGCCAACCGCGUGUGGGAGAGUGACACGCGGGGCCGCGUCAAACCCACGCGGGACUCUUCGCGGGAGGAGCGUGAGUCAUGGAUUCGCGCCAAAUACGAACAGCUGCUGUUCCUGGCGCCACUGGGCACUUCUGAGGAACCGCUGGGCCGCCAGCUGUGGGCCGCGGUGCAGGCCCAGGACGUGGCCGCCGUUCUCCUGCUUCUGGCCCACGCGCGACACGGGCCGCUCGACACCAGCGUAGAGGACCCGCAGCUUCGUUCCCCACUUCACCUGGCGGCCGAGCUCUCCCACGUAGUCAUCACGCAACUGCUGCUGUGGUACGGCGCCGACGUGUCCGCCCGCGACGCGCAGGGCCGCACUGCGCUCUUCUACGCUCGCCAGGCUGGGAGUCAACUGUGCGCCGACAUCCUUCUCCAGCACGGUUGCCCGUGUGAGGGCGGCAGCACGGCCACCACUCCCAGUGCAGCCACCACCCCCAGCAUUACCGCCACGCCCAGCCCCCGCCGCCGGAGCAGCGCCGCCAGCGUGGGCCGAGCCGACGCUCCAGUCGCGCUGGUAUAGUUGCGCCGCCGGAGAGACACCCCCACCCCCACACGGGCCGGGCACGACCACACCGGGUGGACCGCUGGACAGAUGCACCCACUCACCUCUCCGAUCCGCACCUCGUUCCCGUGGGAGCACUUCUUCCCCCACCCCAUCCCCGCAAGAGGGCACAGCCCCCGCGCCUCCCAGAAGACACAAACUCACUUCCCUCUCCCCAACGAGGCAUGGAGACCCCAGCUUGACACGCCCCCUCUCCACUGUUUCCACACUCGGAUUGCUCUGGGUCUACCCGCUGGAGGGACUCCCCCGCCGAGGUCCCUGCUCCUGGCCGUUUGAAUGUGCCCGCUCGCGCCCCCUAGGGGUGGGGGAAAGGACUAAGUCCUGCCUGUAUUCGAUUAUCCCACGGCGGGAGCAUUUACCCAGGCUGGCUCCUGGGGCGACGCCACGCCACAGGGAGGGGUUAGUACGUGGGAAGGCUUAGCCCUGGGACUUGGGGCCAAUAAGGGGGACCCUACCCCUCCAUGCUAAUCUCACUGCCCAGUGAAGGGGGAAGGGCAGCGAGGGGCAGGACCCCUGCUGCCCAUGGGGGUAGGGGGUCCCCAACCCUUUCCGUGAAAGGGACCAAGAGGAGUGGAAAUCAGGACGUUCCCCCCACAUCCACCCAUGGAUGGAAGCUAAAGGGUCGGGGGAGCCAAAAACCUGGGUCCCUCCUCACUACUAUCUUGGGAGGGAGAAGGGACAGAGCAAGAGCGUGCUAAGGGGGACUGGGGAGGGGCCUUGUAAUUUAUUGCUUUGUUCCCCAACCAAGGGGCGGGGGCGGGCAGGGCUUGGGGAGGGCGUUUCAGGGUAGGGGAAGCCAAGGGUGGGCAGAGGGUGGGGUGGGGUGGGGGUGCUCUCGGGUUGUGAGUGUCUGUGACCGUGACUGCGUCCCUGUGACUGUGCAGCGCCCGUGGUGAUCUGGGUAGGGGGCACCCCUACAAUGGGACCCCUCCCCCACUAUUCUUCCUGUCCAGCCCCUCCCUCCCACUGGAGCAGCUCCAGACCCAUCCCUCAACUCCAUGAUCCCUCCCAGCCAGGGUUAAGAUGGUGUGAGGCGGCUGGGAGGGUUUCCAGACCUCCCUGUCCCAUCCCCAGAAAGGGGGUGGUGGGGUGAAUUUACCUGGCCCAGCCCCGCCUCCCUCAAUCAACCCAGCCCUUGGGCCGUCUGUGUCAGUGGUUUCCGGUCUUUUUUUUUUUUUUUCCUGGCUAAAAUAUUUUGCAGAGGACCAGGUAAUUGGGGAGAGAAGAGGGGCGGGAGCAGCAGGGGAUACUACCCCCUCAUCAUCUCCAAGGCAAGUGGUGUGAAUCUUCAUCAACAGCAAUUAAAGAGGAAGUGAUUUUGUCUA